AGAAGUAAUGGUCUAGGAUCAGUUUAGUCUUUUAGAUCAUAAUGAAUAUCAGAUUACCCCGACAGGGGGGACCUGAUCCUAGAUCAGCUCUCCCUUUCAGAGACGAUUUAUGAAUACGGGCCCAGAGGUUCAAUUUAUAUUCAAUGCCGCCCCUUUUUGGCUAACAGAGAACUACAAUUCCGCUAGAUAUGAAGUGCCCAUUUCUCCUAAUCCAUUUGUAGUUGAUAGAUUUAGAGUAAUGGUAAAUGGAUAACUAUAGUGUUAUAAACAAGGGUUAGAGGUAAGAGGUACAGGGGCAAGGGUACAGCUACAAAGUCUUAUACAAAGCCUAAAGAGCUGAAUGAAAUCCAAGAGAUGAAUAAACAGACACAUUAUUACAGUGAUUAUAUGGAUGAGGGCUCGAUUCAAUCAGAUUCACGUUAGCCGACACCCGUAUAUCUGGUGUUUUGACGAUGUCGGAGGGGGAAGCGUUUUAGACCAGUCAAAUCCACAAGCAGCUCCAGGUGUGGUGACACGGAUGGUUUCUCAGAACUGAUGGCUUCUACAGUUGUGGCGAGAGUACAGCAUUUUAGCUAAGCCUAACCUUUUUCCAAACCUUAACCUAAUUCUCCCAACCUGCUAAUUUAAUUCUCCUAACAUGCUACUUUAAUUCUCCUGCUACGAUACAGCCAGUCAUUUUUGUGCUUAAUCAGAAUAACAUAGACUCAGCGCAAUGAUCUAAGAGCUGGGGUGUGCAAAACCCUGCAUGCUUUCUGUCACACAUCCUAAACAAUUUCCUGCCUUGAAAAUGUUUUGAAAUGCAUAACCUGGUCAAACGAAACAUAAAAACAACAAGGUAAUAGGAUUGGUGGACAAUAGUUGACAUGUUGUUGUUUAGGGGAUUAGCUUUUAUUUGUUCCAUCCAAAGAGCAAAAUAGAUAGAUAGGUAAGACUUGACUUCCUGGUUUUCUGAGGCUUGUCUGAUACUUUGCUUAUCCAGUGUGUCGACAGCUGUAGAGGAAAUUACAGGACCUUCAUUUACUGUCUCCCCUUAGAGAAAUAAUGUGUUGGUGGAUGAUCAUGGAGUUGAGGAAAAUAAACCUAGAGAACCAGUUGACUGUAGUUUAUCAGUCCUCUGUUCUUUAUGAGUAGGUUCUACAGGGCAACAACAACCUGACUCUGACUCCUAUCAACCUGCCUCAUUAGAUGUAUACAGGCUGCAUCUCAAAUAGAACAUUACUUGGUGUGCCAUCUUUAUCCAAAAUGUUACCCUUUUCCCUAUAUAAUGCACUACUUAGGGUGUCAUUUUGAACACAGACAUAGUCUACGACAAUUUUCAAGUCAAAACCAUCAGUUAGAAUAUUCUGUCCUGCACUGAGGAACUCUAACAGUUAAGGGGGAGGAGUGUGUGGGCCUAGAGAGGGGUCAAAUUCCUCUGACAACAAGCGGGCGGGAUUGGAUAAAAAAUAACGGGGCACACAAAGAGUUUAGGGGCGUUGGUGGUUUUGUUAUGAAUUUCGUCAAGGAAGUCAAAAGUAGACUAUUUUAAAGAUUAUCGAAGGUUUCAGAGAUCUUAAAAACAUCCAACAGUUAUGGCAGGUAAAACGAAUAUCAUUGCAUUGCAUGAUGAAGAGGCCGUGCCCGGUGCAGAGGGUCCCCUUGUCACAGUGACUUUUCAGAGAACUCCUCACAAAAAACAGAAGUACCUGGAGUCUCAACCCAAAGCAUUGGGGGUGGCUCAGAUUGCUCUCAGUGUAUUCUAUAUAAGUUCUGUCAUUGUCAUGUUCACCAACAGCAUGGGCAUGUUGGUUGAAGAUUUAACACAUGUCAUUGGAUCACUGUUUGUGAUCAUAGCUGGUAGUUUGGCCAUAGCUGCACAGAAUCUCCAUCUUCCCACACUGAAGGCCUGUCUGGGGAUGCAGGUAGUGGCCUGUGUAGCAUCAGUGAUCAACUUGAUCGUCUCUGUGUCAGACAUGGAUGGACACAGACAUGGUUAUAGCUGCUGGAUACAUGUUGAAAUCAACAGCAGUGAUCACAAUGAUUUUUGCUAUUCAAUCACUGAUUCUACUGCACCAUACUUUGCUGAGUUGAUCCUGAUACAAAGUGCUCUCAUCGCUAUCUCUGUCACGCUGGCUGCCUACUGCUGCAAGGUGGUCAACUGCUGCUCCCCGGGACAACGAAUGUGUGUGAGUUCUCUCUUCUAGCCGGUGAUCACACUCCAAGUCCCUCCUACUCAGCAAUGAGGAAAGAUUCUGUGUGAGGACCAAUCAAGACAAGAGAUCCAACCCUACUAACCAACCAGCAAAAACAUGUGUUAUUCUUCAAUCAACAAAAAAUAUUAUAGGCCUAUAUGUCUACACAUACAAUGAGUGCACAAAACAUUAAGAACACUGUGCUUCCCACAGUUGUGUAAAGUUGGCUGGAUGUCCUUUAGAUGGUGGACCAUUCUUGAUACACACAGGAAACAAUUUAGUGUGAAAAACCCAGCACACUACUUAGGGUGUCAUUUGUGAAUUGCAUUGCAUGGUUAGUAAAAACAAGACAAUCUGGACUCUGAUCUGCAAGUUUGUAUUAAAAAUAAAAAUCAAUCUCAUACCAGAA